CUCAGACGACACAGAUGAGAUCCCAUUAGAAGAGAGAGCAGCAAUGCAGGACACUUACGGAUGCAUUAAAUGGAAUGUACAAUUCCUGCCUCGUGAAGAAACUCAAGAAAGCCAGCAGCAAAAGAUGGAAAAACUCAAGGAGAUGUUUCAACAGUCUGAUGCCAAUCCAGAGGAGGUGAAGGGUCUUAUGAGUCCACCUUUUACACACAGCGCCAACAUGUCAACCAGGGUAAAAGUAUCAAGUGCCUCAGAGAGGACUGGCCAUUUUUGUUUGAUGAAAUUGGCAUGUCAGUCCACUUCAAGGAACUCACUGGGAUCAACCUCAAAGAGACAUUUAUACGCAAUUUGGAUUUAAAGGGGAAAAGGCUCCUCAACUACCUGACCACUGUUUGUGUCAAGAAGAAUAAGAAGUUCCUUCAGACCUACGCAAGACUUCAGAGGAUGCGGGGACAGCAGAGUGGCUGCUCAGAGGAUGUGAAAGAGAUGGUCCUGCUUCUCUUCAGCUACUUUGAUGAGAAGGAAGAGUCCAUAUUCUUCUAUGUAGAUGAAACAAGUCUGGCAGAAGAUGUGCAACUGGAGCAGGUGUCUCUAACGCCAGCCAUCAUUGUCUGUGGACAAUCAUGUUAUUCCUCAACAAGGUACAUGCUGAGUCUCGAUCAGACCCUUAUCAACACAAACAUCCCCUCCUUCAUUUCUGCGUUCUGCCUGAUGUUCAGGAGCUACUACUGUUUCAACAUCCAUUAUCCAUCUGAGCUGGCUUCAACUCUGGAAUUUCUUCAAAGGUGUUUUUUCACGAUAAAUCCAGAAAAGGGAACCAAAGUGGAGAAUAAAAACUCAAAGCGUCGUCUCAACCUGAACCCCCGAGUCCUCACCCUGAUACAGGAAAUCAGCGAUCACGAGUGGUGUGACACCUAAAUAAGGACUCUCUGUGGACUCUUACUGUUCAUUGAAGAGGUACUGGAAGUUUUCAUUUUGUGGACUGUUCGUAGGAUAAAAAGUACCUGAGGUUUCUGCUUUGCAGGCUGUUCAUUGGAGAAAUACUGCAAGGUUUUGUUUUUUGGACUGUUUUGUUGAAGAAAAGGUACUACAAGUUGUUGCUUUGUGGACUGUUUGUUGAAGUACUGCACUUUAUUUUGCUUAAAAAUCUACAAUUUGUGUUACGUAAUUACGGCAGUUUGGAUAUGUUUUUUGAAUUGAAGUGUUAAGAUAACUUGUGAACAUUUACAUUUAAUCUGCUUUCAGUUUUUUGCCUGGCACUUAAAAAUUUUGUAAAUUUAAAAUCUUUCUGAU